AUGAAUUUCAACUUUAAUUACGACCAAGCAUUUGGUGAUCACGAUGGUGCUGCUGCUGAAACCACUGCACAAGCUGCCAUUCUAACAGCUACUCAACAACAACAAUUGGAUAUCCAACGACGUGCUCAGGAACUAGCUGUUCAAUCACGACAACAACAUCAACAACACCGUCAACAACACCGUCAACAACAACAUCAACAACAACAUCAAAAUGCAAGUAAUCGUCAAUUUGGUGCUGCCAAUGCCAAUAAUCAUUUCCAAUUCCAACAACUGGUGCAGGCUUCACCACCGCCACCACCACCUCAAUUCCAUCACCAAUAUGCUAAACCACAUGCUCACAUUUUUGUUACUUCAGACAAUAAACCUAUGCCAUUCUUCAUUCCAUUUGAUGAACCCAACAGGAACAAAUACAAGCGAAUGAUUAUGCAAAAUGGUGGGUACUUAGCUGAGGGUGAAGUUGAUGGUAUAGUUUGCGUUACUAGCAAGAGUCAUUUAGGUGGGUUUGUGAGAAUUGACUAUAUUGACGAUUGUGUUAGUGUGGGGCAAUUGUUGCCAUUUGAAGGAUACACCAUUCCAGCUACGUCAUCGCUGAUUGAUGAUGAAGACGAUGUUGGAGCGAGAGAGGAUAUCAUUGACAUAUUGGGUUUGACUCAACAUGGGCAACAACAGCAGCAAGCAGGAAAAAGGAACGAGUUUAUUAACUCCACUAUUGGUACUGCCUCGACAACAACUAGCGUUAAUGCCAAUGAAGGCACAUAUAAACAAUCAUUGGUUAAACUGACCAUCCCAUCAAACAGGUAUACCGAAGAAAAGGAUGAAUACAUCCUUGAACAAGUUCGUAGAAACCCUCGAUUCCGCAAUUCGCACGUGCUUUUCCAUGAUUUGGCCACUCACGAGAUGUUGAAACCACAUACGGGCAACUCCAUCCGAUCACGGUAUCGUCGUCAUUUGGCACCGCGUUUACACUACGUGUACAAGACCAAUGAUCGUGAUAAACUAAUUAAGGAUAAACAAGGUCGUUUGAUUAAAGUUCUAAUUGAAGAUUUACUGUCGCUGGAAACCAUCAAGACGAAAUUCACUCCACUUGACGAUUAUGAAAUGUGUUGCUUGGCUGUUGUUUACAUCAAGAAUGAAGCAGCUAAAAUGGGAUUGGAUUAUGAUGAAAACAACCCUCAUCAAAAAUCAAUUUUACCUUAUUCUUUUUACAAUUCAUUGUAUCAUAAAUUUCCCAGGCAUACGUUGCAUUCAUGGCGUGAUCGUUGUCGGAAAUUUAUUGGUUGUGAUGCUGAUAUUUUCGCUUACAAGAAUUAUUAUGAAACGUGUUUGGCUAAUGGUGAUGUUCCACGGGUGUUGACUAAAGUGCCUCGACAUAUAGUUGCUGGGGUUCAUAGGGAAGUUGCUGCUUUGAAGAGAGAUCAACAAGCACAGCAAAAGAGAAAUGCAGAGAAUAGUGAAAGGAAGAAAAAGGAUGAUGAGGAGAAGGGAGUGCAGGUGCAGGUGCAGGUGCAGGUGCAAGAAGAGAAGAAGCAAGAGGAGGAGGAAGAGGAAGACGAGAUUGAUGAAACUAUGGAUGAUGAUGUGGCAUUUGUUGAGAAAGCAGAAGCACAGGCUAAUGCAGCUAUUGCAGCCGCUGCUGCUCGUGAACAAGAGCAACAAAGGAAAAAGGAGCAGCAUGAGAAGGCAAGCAAGAAGGUCCAAACCCCCAAUGAAGAAUCAGCACUUGAUGAAGAGAUUGGUGAAUUGAAGAAUUCAAAUAUUGAUGACGCCAUGCAACAUGAAAGUGUAACUCAAAAGAGCGGUCAUAAUGAUGACGAUAAUGUUAUUGCUGAUCAGGAAAGUGGAGACGAUGCAGGUGAUGAUGAUGAUGCCGAUAUGGAUAUUGAUAUUGGUGAUGUACUUCAGGAUCAUAUCGAAGUUCCUAAAUUGAGUAAUUUGGGUACCCUUGAUGAUGAUGAUGAAGAAGAAGAGGAAGAAGAUGAAGGAGUAGUCGAUGAAGAUAAUGACGUUAUUCUUGAUAAUGAAGAUAAUGAGGGGGAGGAGGAUACGGCCAAAUCAAUUGAGAAUGAGGAGGUACAAGAUGAUGAAGAUUCCGAUGAUGAUGUAUUCUUUUCUGCUCCGAAGACUCAAUCUUCGACACAACUAGGAUCACAUAAAAUUGAGCCAAGAUCGAGCUCACGAUUGGAAUCACAAUUGGAAUCACAAUUGGAAUCACAAUUGGAAUCACAAUUGGAAUCACAAUUGGAAUCACAAUUGGAAUCACAGAUGGAGUCACAAAUGGAGUCACAAAUGGAGUCACAAUUGGAUUCACAAAUGGAGUCACAAUUGGAUUCACAAUUGGAUUCACAAAUGGAGUCACAAUUGGAUUCACAAUUAAAAUCACAGUUGGAAUCACAAUUGGAUCCACAAUUGGCAUCCCAAGUACAAGCAAAAGCACCACUGUCUGAUGCAUCUAAUGAAGAUGUUACAUCUAGCCAAAAUGAAGAAGAAAAAGAAAAAGAAGAAGAUGUUGUUGAUGUUGAUGAUGAUGAUGAUGAUGACGAUGAUGACGACACGGGUUUCCGUCUCGCCUACCUUGACGAAUCAACUCCAUUGAUUGAUUGCGUCGACCCACCUCGAUUCGUCAAAUUGCUUAAGCGGGCGAACCCACCAGUAUUUUUGUUCACUAAGCUUCUUAAUAAUGAACAAAAACAAGGCGGCUUCAAACCACAAGCAAGCAGCAGCAGCAGCAGUGAUGUCGCCACUUUUGACUUGGAUGAUGAUUCCAUAUUUGAGAUGAUUACAACAUUGAACUCACUUGGUUUUAAAGACCCAUUAAUCGGCCAUUUCAUUUACGCAUGCUCUUUUGAAACUUUGGUUAUUGUCAACUAUAUUACCCAAUUUCUUGACUCGUUAUCUCGUAAAGUGUUUGCCAGUGAUAAAAAGUUAACUUUUAAGGACAAAAAGACGAAGAACACGAGGAAAAAGGCCAAGGAUGAAAUCAAGGCUGCAAUUGAAGGUUUCGAUUGGGACACGGAAUUAGUAUAUGCGUAUUUGCCUCCACCUAGAAACGAGCCCGUAGGGGCUUGGAAUAAGCUGUUUGAUGCGAUAUUGGAUACACUGCAGGAAUCAAAGUUGCACAAGUUCAAGAGUGGACAAGAGAUUGAGCAACGGAAAAAGUUUAUUGCUUCUUGUUUAGAGGAAACUGAGGAGGAGGAGGAGGAGGAGGAGGAUGAGUAG